GCUCUUGGUGGUGAUGGACAGAAUUUGUAGAUUUCCGCUCUCCAGCCCUCUUUCAAAGAUUCUAAAUGGCUUGGAAAUUCUGCUAGCCAAAUCUCAGGAUUGGGAAGAAAAUGCUAGCCGGGAUGUGUCUCUGAGGAAACAUCUUGAUCUCAUCACUCAGAUGAUCAUUCAGUGGCGAAAGCUAGAAUUGAAUGGUUGGUCUGCGAGUUUGGACAAUGUAAUGAAACAGUACACAGAAAAAUCAAUGAAGCACUGGUUUUCACUCUAUCAAAUGGUUGAAAAAUACCAACAAGAACAGUCAGAGAAGAAAAUUGAAGAAGUUAAUAUAGCAUCUGUGGUCGAUACACUGAAACGUUUCAUAGAAGGAUCCACAUUGGGGGAAUUUCAUACAAGACUUCAAAUGCUCUUAGAAUUCCACUGCCAUGUCUUGUUGAUGACACAAAAGGAUGAAAAUAAUAUGCUGGGCAAUGUAUUAUGGAAUCUAUAUAAUUAUUAUAAGCAAUUUUCAGAAUCUGUCCAUGCCAAGCUGAUUGAACAGCGACAUCCCAUAGAAAAAGAACUGAAGGAAUUUGUGAAAAUCUCAAGAUGGAAUGAUGUCAGUUUUUGGGCUGUAAAACAAUCUGUAGAAAAAACACACAGGACGCUGUUUAAAUUUAUGAAGAAAUUUGAAGCUGCUCUUGGUGAACCUUGUCAAUCAGCCUUGGUGGAACUGCCUAAAGAAGAAGAACUCAUUUCCCUGCAGGAUCAAAAAACACCAGAGAAUGUUGAAACUAAUAUUCAGAACCUAAACAAUAUAUUGAGGAAACGCCUAACUGUAAAAUUAGAUGCUACUCAGGGUCUUCAUUUAGAAGACUUCCAGGGGUGGCCAUUUCAUCCAGAAUCACUUCAGGGACGCUUACCUAAACUCACCAAACGAAUGAAGAAGAUAUGUGCAACUCUAGUGAAGCAUAAUUCUAUCUUGGACUUGGUGGAGAAUCUUGACAAUUUCACUGGUGAUGUAAUUUCUUCUGCCCACAAAUUGCAGAACAUGUCUGUGAAUUUGACUUCAGAAAAGGAAAAACAGAAAUCCGAAGCGAAACAUUUACUUCUGCAAAAACAAAGGGCUCUAGCAGGGCUCUUUAAACACCUUGCAAAUACAGGAUUAUCCUAUCGCAAAGGCCUCACUUGGACUCGUUCCCAAAGUUCGCAAAAUAUGCUUUUCCUUCAUCCAUUGGAUUUAAACAGAGCAUUGGCUUCAGUGACCUGCAUGCAUAAAUUGGAUGCAAC